AUGGACCGUCCCGCCCAUCCACACGCCCUCAAGGAAUUCCCAGCAACGCCUCUGGGUGUUCAGAGUGGAAUUGAACGCUUCCCAAGGAGGAACAGAGCUACCAAUCCUCCCCCUCGAAUCGAGUCCUGGCGCUGCAAUCUGACUGCUCUUUCUCACAUCCACAAUCUUUACUUUGUAGCUUCCCGCUAUGAGGUUCUCGUGUACGAACCGAACUUCCCGGACCAGAAGCUGUCGGCUCAGCCAAGUCUCAUCCUUUCUCCCACUGUGCACACCGAUACCGUGCCUGAUUUCACUGAUCUAGCGCCCCUUGGCUCCGGCCGAACCAUUAACCACCUCCUAGUAGACUUUCUGGGAAAUGACGAGAUUUUGCUUCUUGCACUACACGAUGGUCGCGUCAUUGGCUACCACGUCAACCAGAUCCAGCGUGCCAUUGACCGGCGCCAAGAGCCCAACUGUGUGGAGACCAUCAAGGGCGAUGAUGUGCGCCCGUUCUUCUCCGAGGAUGUUGGCAGCAGCGAUGACCCCGAGGGCCGGUGGGUCCUCACCAGCGACAUUGACGGCUUCAGCAGGAUAAUGGACCUCGCUCGAUGCUUCAGGAGGGAGUACCCUGCCGUAGACAUGCAUGCGCAUAGAUUCUGUGCCAUGGCUGAGGUUUCCGGACAGAAACAGUGUGGCUGUGAAUUCCUCGAGCAGGGCAUGCGAUACUACCUGCACGCGACUUGGGGUGUUAUGUGGCUUGACCGAAGAGCUUUCAAGCGAACCGAGAGUGUCAGCGAAGCUUUAGGCUCAGAAGGUGUUCCUCUGAAGGUCGAAAGGAUAUCCCCAACAUUGAAUUGCUAUGACAACAGCAACAGCCGACAGCGUGUUCGAAAUUCUAGCACCAUAUAUGGUUCCGCUAUCGGACGACUUGAGGAUGAAUCAGAUGAAUCAUCCGAUGAUGACGUUGACUUAACGGAGCCUCCCAUGGAAGGCGACUUUGAUGGCAUUCAACUCAAGAGAGUACCGCGCAAUCCUCAAGGUCAGACCACUACUCAGAUCAAAAUUCCGGCUUCACCAAUAAUGCGGCUCUCGGUGAAGGACAUAUUCUUGAUCCAACCACGGAGCACAAAGUCACCAGAACGUCCCCCCAUCGGCUUCUUCGACCCGUUCUUCCAGCAUAUCAAACGGAACCCCUUCAUGGACCGGGUAUGCAUGCAUGAUCGCAUCAACUUGUUCGCCCAGAUCGUCGAGCUUGGGAUCGUGGUGGUUGGCUCGGCUAAGGGACGGGUUGCCAUCAUGUCUUUGACACAGACAGACGAGACGGAUCCAAAGAGCCGGAGACCACUGUAUGGAUGCAGGAUGGACUGUAUUCUGCCUUUCCGAGACCAGGAAGAGAGGGGAGAUCGGCCGCUCGCACCAUUGGCUGGGAUCGCUGCAGGACCAGUCCAAGGCAUGCUUGGCCGCCAGGCGGACUACUCGAGGAGGUGGAGACUGCUCAUGAUGUACGUGGAUAACUCGGUACUGAGUUACGAGCUAGGAAAAUCCCGGGAAGGCCGGGUCACGGUGCAUGAGUUUGGUGGCCUCGUUGUGUAG